AUGGCGGACGGGGACAGCGGCAGCGAGCGCGGCGGCGGCGGCGGGUUCGGGACCGCCCGCGGCGGGGCGGGGGGGGCCGGCCCGGCGGCGGGGCCCGGCGGCGGCGGCGCGGCCGGCCCCGAGCAGGAGACUCAGGAGUUGGCGUCCAAGCGGCUGGACAUCCAGAACAAGCGCUUCUACCUGGACGUGAAGCAGAACGCCAAGGGCCGCUUCCUCAAGAUCGCCGAGGUGGGCGCGGGCGGCUCCAAGAGCCGCCUCACGCUCUCCAUGGCCGUGGCCGCCGAGUUCCGCGACUACCUGGGCGACUUCAUCGAGCACUACGCGCAGCUGGGCCCGUCCAGCCCCGAGCAGCUGGCCCAGGCCGCGGGGCCGCCGGGCGAGGACGGCUCCGGGCCCCGCCGCGCCCUCAAGAGCGAGUUCCUGGUGCGGGAGAACCGCAAGUACUACCUGGACCUGAAGGAGAACCAGCGCGGGCGCUUCCUGCGCAUCCGCCAGACCGUGAACCGCGGCCCCGGCGGCCCGGGGGGGUUCGCGGGAGGCCCCCCCGGGCUGCAGAGCGGCCAGACCAUCGCGCUGCCCGCACAAGGCCUCAUCGAGUUCCGCGACGCCCUGGCCAAGCUCAUCGACGACUACGGGGGCGAGGAGGACGAGCUGGGCGGCCCCGGCGGCGGCGGCCCGGGCGGCGGGGGGCUCUACGGGGAGCUGCCCGAGGGCACGUCCAUCACCGUGGACUCCAAGCGCUUCUUCUUCGACGUGGGCUGCAACAAGUACGGGGUGUUUCUGCGGGUCAGCGAGGUGAAGCCGUCCUACCGCAACGCCAUCACCGUUCCCUACAAGGCCUGGGCCAAGUUUGGCGGCGCCUUCUGCCGCUACGCCGAGGAGAUGCGCGACAUCCAGGAGCGCCAGCGGGACAAGCUCUACGACCGGCGCGCCGGCCCGCCGGGACCCGGCAGCGGCAGCGGCGCCGGUGACGACUCCGACGGCGACGACGUGGACGACGACUGAGCCGAUCCCCCCAGCCCUCGACCCCAACGCCGGCCCCCCACCACCCCCCCCCUCGAGCCCCGGGGCAAAGGGGUCCCCAAUCCCCCCUCCCAGUGACGGGGCAAAGGGGUUCCCGACCCCCCCCCCCCCCCAGCAGCGAUGGGGCGAAGGGGUCCCUGAGCCCCCUCACCCCCCUCCCAGCGACGGGGUGAAGGGGUCUCCAAACCCCUACGUCCCCGCUCCCAGCAACGGGACGAAGGGGUCCCCGAGCCCCCCUCAGCAGCGGUGGGACACGGGGGUCCCCAGGCUCCCCUGUCCUGCCGCCACCGGAGAGAGAGAAACCGGCCCGACCGUGCCGCUGCCCGCGGCCCCCCCCGCCCCCUUCCCUGCUCCCACCAUGGGACCCCCCGGCCCGCAGGACUCGCUGCUUUGGGGGGGGGAUAGGGGGUCACCCGCAGCCCCCGCCCCUCCCGGUGCCCCCCUAUGAAAACCAGCACCCAAGGGCUCCGGAGCCGAGGGCCAGCGGCAGCGCUGGGGGGGCAGCGGAGGCACCUUGGACCAACGGCCGUUCCCUCGGCUUGUGAGUUUUCCUUCAUUUUCAUUUUCCUUUUUUUUUUUUUUUUCCCUUUUCUCCUCUUUCCACGUUUUUUUUUUUUGUUUGUUUGUUUGUUUUUUUGGGAUGCAAACUCCGGGCGCCCGAACUGAAACCCGCGGCUCCCUGACAAUUAGGGAAGAUUUCCUCGGUUUUGCCGAUUUCUGGCCGUUCUUCCCCCCCCCCCCCUCCCUCCCCCUGUUUCCCGCCGGGAAGGGGGAGGUGCCGGCACAAAGCACAAGGAAAAACUCGACGGGGCGAAACAUCUUCCCCUUCUCACCAAAUAAGGUGCCUCCGGCCCCGUUUCACCAGGACCCGCCGGAAUCCGCCCCUUGGCUUCACCCAAAUUGGAUUUUCCGGCCCUAAAUCCACAGCCACGCCCGGCCCCGGCACCUUGGGGGUGGAUUUUGGAGGUUUAUUGUUAUUUUUUGCCUCCUUUUGUCUUUUUUUGCCCCCGUGGGCCCAGCCCUGGCGUCGCCUGGUCCCUCCAGCCACCUCCUAUUAAACAUAUUUUUCCACUCUCAAAUAGUCUUUUUUUAAAAUUCUUUUUCACUCCCUCAGCUCAGUCCUGCCCUGUCCAGAAUUCUGGUUUUUCACCCCGUUUUCCCAUAACUCUGAACUCCAUCGCUCUCAUUCCAAAGUUUUGCCUCUUCUUCUCCAACGGUUUCACCACUUUUAGGACUUUUCUUUUUUUUUCCUUUUAAUCCAUUUUUGGGAGCCCAAUCAGCUGCCUCCUUAAUUUAUUACCACGGAUCCGGCAUCUCCCUCUCUCCAUAUUUAUUGGGAAGUGAGGAACAGCCGCAGACCCCUGGGGGACCCCCUGCGCCGCAGGGAUGCCGCUGUCUGUCCGUCCGGCCGGCCGGCCGCCGGCCCCAUCCCACUGCUCCCGCUGCUCUUGCUGCCGUCGCUCUUUUUAAAGGGAUUUUUAAAGUGAAUUUCUUCCGUUUAUCCCAUUUUUAAGCCUUCUCCGUCGCAAAGGACCCGGAUCCCUCACUCACUCACACGGGAGCAAUAGUCCUUCCUCGAUGGCCGAUGUGUCCGUACUGUAUUUUGUACCCUCAGGCAGCUCUUUCCGGUGAAUUCCUGCUGUAUCCACCCAUCCUCCUGGUCCUGUGUUCUUUGCCACGGAGAAAAACCAUAAACCACAACGGCGACGACGGAUUUGGGGGGGAAAAAUGCUCCCAGCUCCGCGGGACUCACCGGCGUCCAGCCGCGGGACCUCUCCUUUUAUUUUUGAAGAGGAUGAGAUAUAUAUAUAUAUAUAUAUAUAUAAAAAUAUAUAUAUAUUCCUUUGGGUUUCUUUCUUUUGGCUGAAUUGCGGUGAUUUAGCCUUAUUUCUACUCUGGGAGAGCAGCGGAAUCGCUGCCGGCCCGGCCCAGCUCCAAGGAGUUGGCUAGAAAUACAUGGAAGAGGAGAAAAAAAAAAGGCAAAACCACCAAAAUCCAGUAAUAAACCCAAAAAAGCAGCUCCCGGCAUCAGCUCAGGGAGCCUUUCCUGGCCAGAGAAGUGCUGGAUCCAUGGACACAACCUCCCACAGCUCCAUUUGGGUGGGAAGAGCAGAGCACGUUGGGGGAAGACAGCAGGAAAAAACAGCCAAAAUGAGAUAAAAUUGGGAAAAAAGGGGAUUUGAGGCGCCAGCAGGAGCGAGGGGAGUGGCCAUGGGGGCUGCCAUGGGGGAGGGGAGCUUGGGGGGCAAUUUUGGUUUUUUUUUUCUCUUGGAGCCCCCCAGGAGCUGUUGGGUGUUUCCCAGCAAAGGGGACAACACCGACACCUCCCCUGAGCCCCCUUCGCAUCUCUGUGUAUAGACAUGGCUGUGUGUACAUAGGUCAGAUUCGGUUGGGUUUUGGGUUGAAUUCUGUAGAGAAUGGGCAAAUUGCUUUUUUUUUUUUAAAUUUUAAACCACAGAUGGGGGAAAAAUAUCUCAAAUUCCUGGUACUUCCAGCUUUGCUGCCCCAGAGGGGCUGAUGGAGAAGGCGAUGAUGGCUGUACAGACAGAAUAUUGGAGGUCUUGUACAAUGCCCCAAAACCCACUAGAAAUACCCCAGAUGGCUGGGUCUGGAGCGGGUGGUGCCUCCAGGGCAAGCUCAAACAGCUUCAAUUCUUUUUGCCCUAAAAAAUAUGGAAGAAAAUUGGGAUUCUCCUGCCUUGUUUCCAGGCGAUUUGGGGGUGGUGGGGGAUGGUUUGGGGGGGCCGUGCCAGUGGUGGCUCCUCGUGUUGGUGACAAAACCAACCCAACCCCUCACUGGCCUCUCAUAAAAAAGCAAAAAGUAGAAAAAAAUUGCAAAAAACUGGAAAAGAUUAAAAAAAAAAAAGCAGCUGAGGGAGCACUGGGGGUAUGCAGGGCGAAGCACCACAGAGCUCGGCAGGUAUUCCCAGUGGGAAAUCCCAGCCAGCUCCAUGGAUGCUCCCAGAUGUUCCUGCAGGGCGAGGCCCAGCCACGGGAGCCAUCGCCCUCCUCAUCCUCGCGGAGCCGGUCGAGCCGGCGGCACCGGAGCCAGGCCAAGUGGAGCCGGGGGUGGGCGUUGGCGGGAGAGCCCAGAGCCGGGCGGGAUGGCCGGGGAGGAGCACGGCACGGCCUGGAGCCCCUGCGGUCCAGGCCCCGGAGCAGCGGCUGACAGCGGGGCUGGCACGGGUGGCUCACCGGGCCCCAGCACACGGGUCACUCCAGCCAGGAGGCUGGGGCAGCAUCGGUGGGGAGAGCACUGGAUCCUCCUCCAAGAGCCAGGUGCUCUGAGGGUUGGGUUCUCUGACAGCUGGGUCCUCCAAGAAUUGUAUCUCCGAAAGCUGGAUCCUCUGAGUGCCUGAUCCUCCUCCAAGAGCUGGAUCCUUCAAGAACUGGGUCCUCCAAGAGCUGGAUCCUCUGAGCACCAGAUCCUUCUCUGAGUGCUAGAUCCUCCUCCAAGUUGGAUCCUCUGAGAGCCAGACCCUCCCAAGAGUUGGAUCCUCUGAGAGUUGGACCCUCCAAACACUGGACCCUCUUCUUCGAGCUGGGUUCUUCUCCAAGUGGCAAAUCCUCCUCGGAGAGUUGGAUCCUCUAAGAACUGGAUCCUGUGAAUGUUGGAUCCUCCUCCGAGCACCGGAUCCUCCUCAGAGCAGCAGAUACCCGGGAGCGCCACUUCCCUCCCCGAGCGCUCGCCACGACGUCCCUUUGCCGAAAAGAGAAAAAAAAAGAAAGUUUUAUUCCUGUUAUUUUUUUAAUGAAAGAAAAACAAAAACUAAAGCAAACCUGCACUUUAGGUGGCCGGGGGGGCCGGGGCCCCUGUGUCCCUUCCCUGCGGCCGGCGGGGCGGCUCCAGGGGCCGGAGGCAGGUCCUGGGUGUUACCACUAGCGCAGACGAGGCUGACGCGACGAACUCCUCCUGCUCCGAGCACUCCUGACGUAGCAGAUUUUUGCAAAUGGAGUUUUACAGUCUAUAUUUAAAGAAUUGUAUGUUUGUAACAAAUAAAGUAUGCGGAAAAGUGAAUGAAAA